UCUGUUUCGAGUUCCUCGAAACCUGCGGCUUACAAAUCUUACAGAAAACAGUAUUCUGUAGACUUCCAAAGGUACCUACCCUGCUGUGGGCGUGACAUGUGCUAAUGUUUACCUAUAACUGGGCCAGGUCACACAGGGUAUAAGUCACUCAGUACUAAGCAGAGCCAAGGUUGGUGAAUCAUCGGUACGUUUCGAGCGACAUUUGAAUCAGUCUCAUCGCACAUGGCAUCAUGUCAUCAUUAGAGCAUGAAGAACCCACCAAUGCUACAGGUGUUGGACAGAAGAACGAGAGAACAGAGAAGGGAAAGGUUCCUACUGAGCUGUACUCGGCCCCAGCUGUCCGCACACCGUCUGUACAGCAGCUGUCCCUUACAGCAGCCAAGCUGAACCUCCAGCUGGAUGAGGAGGAACUACAGCAGUUCAGAGAUGUUAUGAAGGGUACAUUGGAGUCCUACCAGCGGGUGGACCAGCUCGUGGAGCCGCUGCCGCCCGUCAAGUGGCCGCGGACGCCGGGAUGGCGGCCUCAGCCUGACGAGAACCCGCACAAUGCAUGGUACUGGCGAACAGAGAUCACGGGUGCUCCUUCAGGCAAGCUGCAAGGGAAACCCGUGGCCAUCAAAGAUAACGUGGCCGUGGCGGGAGUCCCCAUGAUGGACGGCAGUAGGGUACUGGAGGGAUACAUUCCUGAAUAUGACGCAACCAUCAUAACAAGGAUUCUAGAUGCAGGUGGCGUUAUAAGAGGUAAAGCGGUGUGUGAGGACAUGUGUAAGUCUCCCAGCAGUUUCACUGCAGCUACAGGUCCUGUCGUGAACGCUCACAUGGACGGUCGUUCGUCUGGGGGAUCCAGUAGUGGCAGCGCAGCUCUGCUUGCUCUAGGAGAAGUAGACCUCGCGAUAGGAGGAGACCAGGGCGGGUCCAUACGGAUUCCUGCCGCCUGGUCCGGGGUUGUGGGACUGAAGCCUACCUACGGGCUGGUACCGUACACGGGGUGCGUCUCUGUGGAAACUACACUUGACCACGUCGGGCCUAUGGCCAGGACUGUGCAGGACAUCGCAGUGAUGCUGGAGGUGCUGUCUGGGUACGAUGGUGGGUUAGAUCCCAGACAGGCUCCCAACGUCUCCGGUCAGAACUACAGCAGUCAGUUGACUGGAGAUGUAAGCGGGAUCAGAGUGGGUCUGCUGAAGGAAGGGUUCGGCCUGGUGACGUCAGAAGCUGACGUGGACGACAUGGUGCGUGAGGCAGCUCACAAGCUGACGUCAGCGGGCGCUGUAGUAGAGGAAGUUUCCGUUCCUAUGCACCGCGACGGGUGCCACCUCUGGAACGCAAUAGCAAUUGAGGGAACGUUGGAAACCAUGAUUAAAGGACACGGACUGGGAGUUGGGUGGAAAGGUUUCUACCCGACAAGCAUGCUGGAGGCUCUCGCGAGAGGUUUCAAGUCUCGCGCGAACGAUACGUCACACACUCUGAAGCAGCUGAUGUUGUUUGGACAGUACAUGAGAGAGACGUACGGUGGUAGGUAUUAUGCCAAAGGACAGAACCUCUCUCGCGCGUUGACGCAUGCGUACAACAACGCUCUCCAGAAGUAUGACGUACUGGUUCUACCCACAGUUCCCUUCAAGGCGACAAAGAUUCCAAACCAAGACGUUUCCAUCAAGGAGUUCUGUCAGACAGGAUUCAGCGUGGUAGCCAACACCUGCCCGUUCAACCUGACCGGACACCCCGCCCUCAGCAUCAAUGCCGGGUUCUCACAGGGGCUCCCGGUCGGCAUGAUGAUCGUCGGGCGACAUUUUGAUGACGUGACAGUACUUAGAGUGGCGCAUGCGUACGAAAGGAUCAGGGACAGCAGAUCAUGACUGUGAUGAUCCAAGAGAGAACUAUAUAAUUACUAAACAACGCAAGAUGUACAUAUCCCGUUGAUAUACCCUCUUGAAGUAAUCUGUACUAAGGGCUUGUCUAAUCGUACCGAAAGCGGGAUGAGAAGCUCUGCACACCGCCCAAUUUGGAGGCAUUGAGGGUUCCGUUGUUAGAUUUAUGUGUAUUGAAGGUAAAAUCUCUGAGUAUUGAUUGUGAUUGAGUCUUGUCAAAGUAACAGUUUAAGCACACUUCAAGAGGUUUUAUAAUGAAGAGAAGUCGUGUUAGGAUUCAAGCUUUGGACAUUAGUAUAGGCUAUUGUAAGUAUAACUGAAAUCACAUCUAGAAACAUUCUGCUUAAUUGUGCACCGUCUCUGGUUUCAGUGUAUUAUUGUAAUGUCUUUAGAUUUGUUUAUGUGUGGGUCACAAAACCAGCAAGUGACCGCGUGAAUUCAGUAUUGUUUACCGUUUGAAUAAAUCAAAUCAAACAC